UCAGCUGGCUCUGGAGUAUUCGUCAGUCAUGGCACUGGGCACUCGUAGUUAGUUUGCAGGUUUUUGUUCCAGUCCAACACUUAUUCAACAAUGAGCUUGAUUAGUUAGAGCUGGCUCAAAAGUCUGCUCUCCCUGUGGGACCACAGAGCAAGCAGUAAUUUUAGCUUUUUAACGCCUACAUAUGAAACAGUUAACAGGCCUAUGUGGUGGUUUAGCAGUUGGAACCCUUCUACUCAUAGAGGAGGACCGAUAUGACAGCUACUCUCGUAUGCUGCUCAAGUACUUCCUGGCAGAGGGGGUGGUGUGUGGACAUGAACUCUACGUGGCGUCUGCUCUGGACCACCCCAAUGACAUCCUACAGGAACUCCCCGCCCCCAUCCUGGAUGACAUCGCCAGCCCCAAAACAGAGGACCAGGCAAAGUCAUGUGACCCUGAGAGUCAGGACGCCAUGAAGAUCGCCUGGCGCUACCAGCACCUGCCAAAAGUACAGGUAAACACGGCCCUGGCGUCCUCGUCGAGGUUCGGACACUACUACGACGUCUCCAAGACAAUGGACCCUGAGAUCUCCCAGGCGGCCAGGUGCCACGGCUUCUACCUUCCAGAACACUCCACCGCUGUGACAUCACCCACCGCCACCACCCCCGGCCAGAGCCCUAUGCCAGAGACCUACUCCUCUCUGCUGAACAAUCUCCAGGAGGUCAUCCACAGGGAAGGCUUUGAUGGAACUGUCCCCCAGACCAAGUCACGGAACAUCCUACGGAUCGGGUUGCACUCCCUCGGCUCCGCCCUGUGGGGUGACGACCUGUGUUGCCGUGAAAACCCAAGCCACGGCCACGCCCUCACCACCUUCCUUUAUGGCCUCCGGGCCAUGCUGAGGUCAUCGCUCUCUGUCGCCGUGGUUACCGUGCCCUCACACCUCAUCCAGAACAGAGCUCUGAUGGGCAAUAUAACCAGGUUGUGUGACACGGCCAUCGCUCUAGAGUCCUUCAGAGGCUCAGAGAGAGAGACCAACCCCCUGUACAAAGAUUACCACGGUCUGCUAGAUGUACGUCAGCUGCCCUAUCUGAACUGCCUGGUGUGUGAUCUGCCCGACAACAAGGACCUGGCCUUCAAACUCAAGAGGAAGCAGUUCACCAUUGAGGUAGGCCUCUGCCACCACAACAACCCGCUCGAGCGUGUGGUUACGUAAUCUAGCAAACAAACAAGUGUCAUAUCCUGUUAUCUUUCACACACUCUGUCUUUCACACACUCUGUCUUUCACACACUCUGUCUUUCACACACUCUGUCUUUCACACACUCUGUCUUUCACACACUCUGUCUUUCACACACGCUGUCUUUCACACACGCUGUCUUUCAAAUAUACACAUUCAGGAACAUACUCAUACACACAGAGAAAAAGCACAUUAUCUCAACAGCCAAAUCAUAUUGUCAUUUUAAUGAAAGCGUUAACUUAUUACAGAUCUCCAUUGAGAACAGAAGUAAUGAUUUAUUUAAAACCUUCUGCAUUUAAUUUAUUCUGCAUUCUUCCUGUCCACAGCAUGGCUUACAGUAAGUGCUGAUGGUUAUUUUGAAUUGUCUCUGGCGUUAGCCUCGCUUCACUAGUCUCUGUUAAAACCUC